AUGGUCAACACCGCUGCUGCCAACCCUACCAUUCCCGAGACGCAGCAACCUGACACCCCUGCCGUCGCUGACUCCAGUGAGAACCCCCUGCCAGACCUGGACUAUGUGGUGCCUAAUCCUGAGGAGCACCUGAAGCUGUUGGUCGCUAUGCGGAAAGCAUGCGGGUGGGAAGCUGGCAUGGUCCCAACAUGGUUCAUUCAACAAGCAGAUGGCACCCGUGUCAUGUCAAUCUUCUACCUCCCGGGAACCACAACCCCCAUCGGAAUGGGCGCCGUCGAACUCCAAGAUUUCGAUCAAGCCGACAAAGACGUCGCCGACAUCGACUCCAAACGUGGUUGCGUCGUCUCGCUCUUCCUCUACAAACAAUACCGCGGCAAGGGGUACCUUGGCAAGAUCUUGAGUAUUUGUGAAGAGAUUGCGAGAGGGAAGGGGUUGAAGGUGUUGACGAUUUAUGGGUUGGCCAAAGCGGGUGGGUAUGAGAAGUUCGGGUAUAAGACGUUCAAGAUGGCGGUGAGGAAUUAUGGUGGAGAGAAUAAUUGGGAGACGAGAUACCUGGAGAUGGUGCUUUGA